AUGCAACAGUGAUUAAAACUUCAACCAACCUCCCCAUCCACAGCUAUAAAUAGCUUCCUUUCUCACCCUCAAUACUCUGAACAAACCAGCAUACUAAUAAUAAUUCAUGUAUAUUCAGGAUCUUUUGGCUUAGUGACAUCAACAAUAAUAAUGGGAAGUUUCAAGUCUUUGGUCCUCAUAGCUUUGCUUGUUGUUUCAACCUUAGGCUUAGCUAUGGUAUCCGAGAGCCGCCGAGUGGAAAGAAAGGACUUGGGGUUAAACCUUGGUGGGUUAGGUUUAGACCUUGGUGGGGUGGGGGUUGGUGUGGGUGCAGGGGUUGGCGUUGGAGUAGGCGGGAGUGGUUCGGGUUCGGGUGCAGGAGCAGGAUCGGGUUCUGGGUCCAGGUCUAGUUCCAGUUCCAGUUCGAGCUCAAGUUCAUCUUCUUCAUCACGGUCUUCUGGGCGUGGAGGUGCAGGUUCAGAAGCAGGUUCUUCUGCCGGAUCCUAUGCUGGAUCCAGAGCCGGGUCUGGAUCGGGUGGAAAUUAAAGGCCUUGGAAAAAUGAUCAGAGAAAUCUGUCCACUUCGUCAAUGAAAUUAGAAUCUACAUAAAUUAUUAGAAAAAUAAUUAUGUAUCAAGUAAUAUUUGGCUGUGAUCAGCUAGUCACUUCUCAUAUUAUUAAUAUAUGAAUAUAAGAAAUAAUAAGCAGCUAUAUAUAGCCGAGUGUGAAUUGGAAUAUUUACUUUUGUUUUCAUUUUA